AUGCGAGCACAUGGUGGCGGCGAGGUUGGCUCCAAGUCAAUGCUCAAGACCACCUUGGACGGCAUAAUACCCAGCUCAGGAUCAGCGAGAAACUGGAUGACUUCUUACUAUCGCAAGUGUGUUUUCUGCUAUCACUUUUCCAUCCCUAUUGACUUCUGUUCUCUCCUCCAGGGCGAAGACCCAGCCUCGUAUCCUACAGCAUAUCUUGUCACAUCUCCAAGAGUCUGGAACUACAAGUUCUGCCCGGCGUCCUUCUGGUUCCUCUACUCGAAUGAAUACCAACUGCGAGCGAUGAUUGUGGAGGUCAACAACACGUUUGGUGAACGGCGUUUAUACUUCCUACCUGCAACAGACAACAGCCGAGAACCUGGGGAUGAUAGUUCCAGAUUCCGGUAUACUUGGUCAAAGGACUUUCAUGUCUCUCCGUUCAACUCACGAAAAGGAAAAUAUUCUCUCUCUGCGCGGGACCCGAGCCAAGCGUCGACUUCAGAAAAUGAAGUUAUCCAUAUCACUGCCACGCUCCUUUCAUCGAAGAGCCGUCCAAAGAUGGUAACCCGGCUCUGGACAGACAAGAAACCGAUUGACCCAUUCUCAAUUACGACAUACCAGGCAAUGCGUCUACUCUUUCCCUGGUGCCUGGUAGGGUUGUUCACAUACCCUCGGAUCGUCUUCGAGGCCAUCCUCCUAGCUCAUCGGCGGAAACUGCAUAUCUGGUAUCGCCCCGAGCCUCGCACCGGUACUAUUCCACGUCGAGCUACUAGUUCUGAAAGCUAUAUCUCCCUUAUUCUAUCCGCAUACAUACAGCAAAUCCUCCUCUCAGCCCCAGAUGCAUUUCAUAUUCAUUUACAAUCUCUCACCCAUUCUCACAAUAACUACGUCGAGUUCUCAACACCCACCGCAGGCGAAACGCCCUUAUCGCCAACAAUCGUGCUUACCGUUCUCACUCCACGAUUCUAUACGAUUCUCUUAGGUCAUCGCUCCCUAGCGAGCUUACUUAUGAGCGCAUGUCUAGAUCCUGUGAUAGAGAACCGUACGGCUCAAGCUUGCCUGGUCACUCCCUUUUCAAUGUCUAUAGAUGAAUCCAGGAGUAAGAAGGAGCUAAUCGGAUUUAUAUCUCGUGCCGAGAGAUCCUACGAGAACAAACUUUUCCGAGGUCGGAAUAGUCCAAACGCAUUUCUCAUUACUACGCUUCAGUACCUCCUCGACUGGGUUCUAGCUACCGUGCGUCCGCUGAGAGGGACACUUGGUGCUUUGUAUCCAUAUCCGGGACUACCCCGGUUACGGUCAGAGGACAUUCGUUCAGUGACUCUACCCAGGGAGCCGGAGGGUAGGGGUGAGGAUGCAACAAGAGGAAGAGAGCUUGAGAGAUACUUUUUGGAUGACUUUGUGAAGAGCCAUUAUAGGGCUUCGCAGUGGGUUUGGUACGUCGCAGCAGUGGUUAGGGCCUUGAUUUGGGAAAGAGUUGUGAGAUUCGUCGGGGGUGCGUGA